UUUCUGUCUCUAAACAUGAACAAUAAGCAUUCUUUCCGGGGUUUAAUUUUGUUCAUGCAGUCGCGUAUUGUUUCCAGAGUGAAUUUCUUCUGGAUUCAUCUCUAUUACUACCUAACUAUCUCUUCUGUAGGAUACUUAGCGUUAAGGGUCACCAAGCCAAGAACUGCGCCCUCUUUUCAGCCUGAAAACUUGGACUUAUUCUUCACUUCUGUGUCCGCAAUGACAAAUUCUAGCAUGUCAACCGUCGAAAUGGAGGUUUUCUCCAAUCUUCAACUCGUUUUUAUGAUCAUCCUGAUGUUCAUAGGUGCGGAGGUUUUCGUCUCCUGGCUUGAACUUCAUCUAAAAUCUAAACUUCCCAGAAAAAAACCCAUUGAAAACGACAUAACUGAACUUGGUUUAGCCUCCUUAUCAAGUCCACAAAACGAGAAUUCCACAAAAAAUACUUUCAAGCCUUCACUCGAUAAUUCCAUCAAGAUUUUGGGCUAUGUUAUAUUAGGUUAUCUUGUAGUAGUUCUUGUAGCCGGAACCAGUGUAUUCUUACUUUACGUUAGCCUCGUUGAAAGUGCAAAAGAAAUUCUAAAACGCAAAGGUCUUCACCCACUAACAUUUUCUGUGUUCACAAUCGUUUCUACUUUCUCAAACUCUGGUUUCGUCCCCACAAAUGAAAAUAUGAUUGUUUUCAGGAAGAAUUCAGGUCUUCUUUGGGUUCUAAUGCCGCAGGUUCUCCUUGGAAACACAUUGUUUCCAUCUUGCCUGUGGCUUGUCAUCAGGGUUUUGAGUAAAAUCACAAGGCGAGUGGAGUUUGAAAACAUGUUGAGAAAUCACAAAGAGAUGGGAUAUUUUUAUCUGUUGUCUGGUGUUCAUUCUUGUUAUCUUGGAGCUACUGUUUUUGGGUUGUUGUUUGUGCAGUUUGUCUUGUUUUGUUCCCUGGAAUGGAAUUCGGCAGCCAUGGAUGGUCUAAGUAUCUACCAGAAAGUGGUUGGUUCUUUAUUUGAAGUGGUUAAUUCGAGGUACACAGGCGAAUCUGUGUUCGAUCUCUCCAUACUUUCUUCGGCUGUGCUGGUGCUCUUUAUUGUUAUGAUGUAUCUCUCACCUGGUAUAUCAUUUUUACCAAGAAGAUAUCAAGAAGAAGAUUCAAGAAAAUGCCAACUCAGGAAAAAUGAUAAAAAGAAGAGUUUCAGGGAGAGUUUGAUAUUGUCACAACUCUCUUACCUUGUUAUCUCAAUCAUCAUAAUCUGCAUUACUGAGAGGGAUAGAAUUAAGAAAGACCCCCUCAAUUUCAAUGUCUUAAACAUCACAUUUGAAGUUAUAAGUGCGUAUGGGAAUGUUGGGUUCUCAACUGGGUACAGUUGUAAACGGCAAUUGAAACCUGAGAGCUUUUGCAAGGAUACUUCUUAUGGAUUUGUUGGAAGAUGGAGUGCUGGAGGAAAACUAAUGCUGAUUAUAGUCAUGUUCUUUGGAAGGCUAAAGAGAUUCAACAUGAACGGUGGUAAAUCUUGGAAACUCUCCUAGGUAAAUCUUCUUAUUGGGGUAUUGUUACUGGGGAAGCAACAUAGCAUAACAACUAUAAUUUAGUGACUUUUAGAGUUAUCAUACAUAAAUACAUACGUACGUACGUGU